AUGCCGCCCCUCGGAGGCGAAGGAGAUGGCAAAUCCAUCGGCCAAGAGAACCCCACAGCUCUGAGGAAGAGCUGCAUGCAGAAGACGAUGAGUUUGAAGUUAGAUGCAGGAGGAGGGAGAACAGGUGGGCUCAAAAGCCUGAGUACAAAGAGGAAAAGAGAGCCCAGGAACAGAGAGCAAACAGGUUGCAAUGAUCAGUCGUCUCCUCGACAGCUUCACAAACAGGACAGGUACAAAGAAGAUCUGAAACAACAGAUAGAGGAAAAAAAGAGGAAGCAGGCAGAGGAGAGAGAACGUAUUAGGAUUGCGAUAGAAAAGGAAGAGAAAAGGCUGGCAAAGGAGAGGGCUCGCAUACAGCAGGAAUAUGAGGAGGAGCAAAGGAAACAAAAAAGGCCUCAGAAUAACCAAAAAACUCCACUUCAGAUUCCGGAGCCUAAAACCCACCACAGAGAGAAGGAGAAGAGUACAAAGCAGCCAAAAGACAUGUUGCCUCAGAUUGACUUGACAAGAGAGAAGAAAACUUCACCAUUUAUUUAUGAGAGAGCACCAUCUCCUCCCAUCCCAACUUUACAGAGGAAACAGGCCAAGCUUGUAACUCUUUCAUCUGAUGUGAGCAAAUUGUCUUCCAGCACUGAUCGCUCUGUGUCAGCGCCACAUGAUCGACCUGUCCCUGUGAGAAUCCCGCCUCUAGACAAGGAAAAACAGGAAGUAAUCAGAGAGCUGUCAGCUCUCCGUAAAUAUCUGAGAAAAGAACAGAGACAACUGGAGCUUCAACGGUGUCUGACAGGCCCACCAAAGACUCCCUAUUCUCCCACUUCAAGAUGCCGAAUGGCUGCUUUUGAGCAUGCAAAUGAGGAAUCUGUCCAGCCAUCGCCCAGGCGGGCCGCACCUGCUGCUGAUGUUGAUGAGCAAAACAUGACUGAUCUCAACCAACGUAAAUACAGAGACAGAAAAGGAAAAACGAGCGAGCCAAGAAAGUGAGGAGGGAACAAGUAGAACUAAAGCAUCAAUAAUGUAAGUGUUUUCUGUCUUAAUGUUUUCCUUUUCGCACCCUGACUUGGUUACUGCAUCAAUUGGAAAACAAAGCUACUUGAGGGGAUAUACUGUAUGAGAUAUAUCUUGUCUUCAUCU